CUGUUAAAGGGGAAUCACUGUCUGUCCCAAGCUCUGCGCAGCGAAGUUAAAGUCAAAGGCAUCUUGGAAGAGUUUUGCAACAGGCAGCUCUGGCUUUGGAAGCUCUGGCUAGACCCGUCUUCUGUUAGCGGCCCGCUCCGGGAGCCGGGAAAACAUUUCCCCACCGCAACAGUAAAGCUGGGCUCCCUCCAGCCCUGCCACACGAUCAGCUGGAGCUGCGGGGCACAUGAUGUACACGAUUACCAGGGGACCUAGCAAGCUAGCCACCCAGAGAAGGACAGGUCCCACGCAGCAGGUGGAGAGCAAGGCGGCGGAGCUGAAAGGCCGGCAGCCGCCGCACAGCGCCUGGCCUCUGGCAAGUAGCCCAACUCCCAAACUCGUGUUCAACAGAGUGAAUGGCAAGAGGCCCCUGGUGACGACACAGCCCACGGCAGCCACGGAGGAGAGCUACACGCUGGCCCAUGAGGAGAACGUCCGCUUUGUCUAUGAAACCUGGCAGCAGGUAGAACAGCAGCUGGACGGCAGCCAGCCAGGGGAGAGCGGGCGUGGCCCGGUGCAGUACGCAGAGAAAACUCCUAACCCCGUGUUGACAAAUUUUGUGCCAAUUGACCUGGAGGAGUGGUGGGCGCAGCAGUUUCUAGCCAAAAUUGAAAAUGGAUCAUAAAAAAACCCAACCAAAAAUACAGUGUAAAAAAUACUAAGUUAAAGAAAUACACUUGUUAAAAUAAUCCCAGCCCAACUGACGCCACUGGAAAUGGACCACGGCUCCGCCACCCCACCCCCACCCCUCUGCCCGGACAGGGGAGAAGAGCAGCCCACUGUCUCGGCUGGGAUUCCUUAAGUGCCAGUGUUCAGACACUUGAAACUCCUGCAGACUCUGGGGCCCGGCGACACAGCUGCAGCGUGGGUGAGGGGAGAGAGGAUUGUGCUUCCCCCUCAUCAUCUCUCUCCUUUCUGCCCCUUGAGCUUUUCCCCAUGGGAAGACAAUGGUUAUCUGUAGCCAGGACCUUGAUACAAUAAAGAGCUGAAACUGCCAGUGGA